AUGUUACGAACCCCCACUGGAAUUCCCCGUCCACGAAGUACAAGUACCGACAUAAAUUCUCAACAUUUACAACUAUCAUCUUCCUGUUCAGAAGGCACAAAUGACUUGGCACGAAAGAGACAAGCGAAAAAAGAUGAGACUAUAAGAAAGAAACUAGAGCAAGAGUUGUCACGACAGACCGGAAGAAAGGUUGAUAAGUCACCACCGAGGUCUAAUGGAACUGUGGGUAGUCUGAGACCAUUGCCUGCGAUAACAUUAUCAGAAACCGCAACAGCUUCCGAGGCUGCACGACAUAUGGCGGUAAAGCGAGCGGAUGCUGUCCUUGUAACUGAUGAAGAUGAUCAAUUAACUGGCAUCGUCACUGAUAAAGAUUUGGCUUUUCGCGUGCUUGCCGAAGGACAAGACCCUAGAACAACUUGUCUCGGAGACAUAAUGACUCGAGAUCCAUGCACAGUUACAACAUCCCAUAAUGCCACAGAUGCUCUUAACAGGAUGGUGGCUGGAGGAUUUCGUCAUUUGCCAGUAACCGAUAGCAAUUCUGAAGAUAUAAUAGGAAUGUUGGAUAUUACGGAAUGUCUAUUAGACGCUCUCGCGAAACUUGAACGCGCACAAAAAUCUUCUAAACAAUUAUCCGAGGUAUUGGACACAAUGUCGGAAUUCGAAAAUGUACACAACAAAGAUGUGACGACAUACGUGAAAGUUCUACGAGAGCAACUCGGAUUCCCGACAUUGUCGUCGAUCACUCUUUCGAAAGCUCCAUCUGAGGUCUCUAUUCGAACUAAUGUACGCGAUGCGGCACGCGUAAUGAAAGAACGUCAUCAGACUGCGACAUUAGUUGUUGACGAAGGAAAAACUGUCGGGAUUUUCACUUCUAAAGAUAUUGUUGUUAGGGUAAUGGCUAUGGGUCUAGAUCCGACAAUGACUUCUACAGUACGAGUGAUGACUCCAUCGCCGGAUAUGGCAUCUCCAGACAUGACAAUUUUGGACGCACUACGCAAAAUGCACGGAGGACACUAUCAACAUUUACCAUUACUUGAUCAAAAUACUUCGGUGGUUGGUGUGGUGGAUAUUAUACAACUUACAUAUACUACCUUGAAUACGCUAAAAUCCAUGCAACUUCAAGAAGCCGAUGGGCCAGUAUGGAACAAAUUUUGGAACGCAGUCACUAUGGAAGAAAACAACUCCGACAGUCUCUCCGAUCAUCGCACAAACCACAACGGCUCACUCUCAAUCGAAAAUCCCAGUAUCAGAAACCCCUCAACCGGUGCCACUAGUCCAUCAUCAACUGUCGACAUCGCCGUUCCAGAAUUAAACCGUCGCUUUUCUACAGCGUCGAAACUCGACGACGACACAUUCACGUUCAAAUUCACUGAUCCGAGUUCCUCACAGACGCAUCGAUUCAAUGCGCCGUGUAAAGACCUGGAAGAUUUUUUGAGUGCAAUUCGCGGAAAAAUUUGUAUGGACUUGCCGUUUGAUUUGACGAUUAGUUAUAUUGAUGAUGAGAAUGACAAGAUUGUGUUGAGCAGUGAUGAUGAUUUACAGACUGCCGUCUCGGCUGCACGAAAAGCUCAGAGUAAUUUAAUAAGAUUGGUCGCGGAGCUUCAACCGCAGUCGUAUCCGUCAGAAGAAUUGGUUCCCGAUAUACCGGAAUCUCCGGUUUCUCCAACUUCACCAAAUCCUCGAUCUCCACGGUCACUUCAGUCUCCUUCUCCCACGACUCACACUCCUGGUACCACUAUUCACCCUCAUCCUCCUCAACUUCACACAAAAAAUUCCACAUUAACCGAACUUUUGGCAGUUUCCGGGGGGUCAUUUGCCUUGGGUCUUGCUAUUGGAGCAACUUUGAUUCAAUAUAGUUACUUAGGAUUGUCGGUUGUAUUAGUUGUUUCACUCCGAUAUGGAUUCAUCGAGUAA